AUGUCAGGUUGGUUUCCCGCCCAACCAAAUUAUUCCAAUUCCGAUGAAGCAGAAGCCACAAAAUCCAAAUUCAUGGGCCAGCCGAAGAUCAUUCUAUUGCGAAGCGGAUGCGGCGAGGUGCCGAGGUCAACUCAAUUCUUUAACAGCUUUCAUCAUUUCUUUUCUAAUUUUAUUUUAUUUCUAAUUCCAGUUAAGAAAAAUUGGAAGAAGAGAGGGAAAGAAAAUGGAGUUAUUGCUCCUUUAAUUGAGAACUAUUGGUUUCAAAGAUACCAUCUUUUUUCAAAAUACGAUGAAGGAAUUAAAAUGGAUGAGGAAGGCUGGUUUUCUGUUACUCCCGUAGAGAUAGCCAUGAGGCAUGCGGAGAAGUGCGGUGGCGAUGAACUUGUCAUUGAUUGCUUUUCAGGUGUCGGUGGCAAUGCCAUCCAAUUUGCUAAACUGUGUCCUUUUGUUCUGGCUAUUGAUAUUGAUCCUCAGAAAGUUAAUAUGGCCCUUAACAAUGCAAAGGUCUAUGGAGUAGAAGAUGAUAUUGAUUUCAUUGUUGGAGAUUUAUUAAUAAGUGUGUAG